AUGAGGAUAUCAAAAAGAAUUUCUUUGCAAAAUCCUUGCCAAGUUUUUUCCAAAUUUUAUUUUCUUAAUUUUUUAUUUAAUAUAGACAAAUCGAGCCAAACACUUCGUUUCCUUCAAAGUUGCAUCUUUCCACGUGUUAUUUGUUCAGAAGUUGAUGCUGUUUAUUGUGCCGAACUAGUGCGGGCGUUGCAUAUUACAAAAACAAAUGAUUUCCAAACAAUCGUUCUUUUUGACAAAAUAUUCACAGACGUUUCUCCAAUUCUCGGUGGUUUUUCUGAACGUGAAACUGUCUGUUUUGGCCGUUUUUGUUGUAUUUUAUUGGAAUUGAUACUUCAUUGGCACUCAAGCAAAAAUGUUUUCCAAGAAGAGUGCGAGGGUUUUCCCGGUUGUGUUACAAAAAUUAGAAAAAAAGAUAUGGAUGAUAAAGCUGCGGCAGAUGCUUUUACUUAUGAAUUUUAUCGUUCUAUUUGUUAUAAGUGGAUGAUUAGAUUAACAAAGUCUCUCUCUUUUAUGUUACAACAAACAAAUUAUAUCUUGAUUAGAAAUUCUCUUACAUUCAUGUUGAUGAUUUUGCCAACAUAUCCAUUAUUGACUCAAUUAGACGCAAAUAUACAAAAAAAUGUUGCUUUGUGUAGGGAUAGAGAAAAAACCAAUCGUCAGGAUUUAAAUUUAUUAUGCACCAGUUUUCUUAUAAAUUUAAAAAAACGAAAUGAAGGAUUUAAAAAUGGUGGAAGUAGAAGGCUGUAUGAGAUAAACGAGUUUUGUAGUGUGAAGGCUACUAAAUCAAGUUCUUCAACAAAUGGAACAACCCGAAAACAGCCAGUAACAGCACAUAAUUCUGGUAUUUCUUAA